UAAAGUAAAUGUGUGUAUAAUUUUUCUUCAUCUCCUCUUAGAGCAAAAAACACUUUGAUUUUUGAGAGCUUGAGGGACAUUGAAGAAGAUCAAGAGCUAUGUGUCAUAAUUUGGUUGCUGUUUCUUUUCAAUUACCACAGCUUAUUAUCAAUUCAAACAAGAGAUCAAAAUGUUAUGUUCAUCACAAAAAGAAGGAUUAUUCUGAUUUUGUGUGUUUUGCAGUGAAAAAUAAUAACAGUAAUCAUCAUCAUCAAAACCCUCCAAUUUUCUCUCUCAAAUUCUCUAGUUUCCACCCACUUUCUGAAUCUCCUCAGGCUUCCUUUGAUGAUUACAUUGAAGAUGAAGCUAGACUGUUGAGAACCACUUUUUCUGGAAAGAGUGAAAAAAUAAACCAGGAUGAAUGGAGAAUUCAAAUGCCAUCAUUCCAAUUGUUUUUCCACGAGGUCAGCUCAGUAGCUGAUGUAAGAUUAAAUUGCAGAAGCUUUACAACUGAUCAAGAUUACCCUAUUCAUAUUCCUCAUCAUGUCUCCAAAUUUAUUGACCUUCAAUUGAUGAGAUGGGAACUGAAGGGAUUGGGCACAGAGUUCAAACCACAAAGAUUCACAAUCAAUGUAAGAGGAGCUUUGUAUGCAGAAAGAACAGAAUCAAAAAGUAUGCUCACAAAUAAUUUUGUUCUCAAUCUUCACAACUUUGCUGCCCCAACACCCCAUGAUUUCUUUGCACAAGAUUUUCUUCAACCCUUUGCAGAAAAGGGAUUGAAGGGAAUGAUGGAGGAAACAAUGAAUGAAUUUACAGAAAUAUUGUUAUUGGAUUACAGCAAAUACAAGAAGGAGAAGCAAAAGAAUGAAGUUCUAGCUAAUAAUGGCUAAUUAAACAUUAGAGAGUUUAUAUCAAACCAACACCCGUCAAUACUUACCAAUAUUAUUAUAAAACAUUAUUUGCAAAGUAUCGAUGAGUUUAUUUCAAACCAAUACCAUCAUAAUUUUCUUUUUAUUUAUUUAUUAUGUAAAA